AUGACACCAUUGAUUAUCAAUUUGUUGCUGUUGUUUAAUAUUUUCAAACUGACUCGAACAAAUGAAGUUGAAUUAAGACGUCUUUUAUUUCAUGCAACAUCCUAUGAUCCAAAAGUUUGUCCUGUAAAGCAUCCAACAGAUGUGACAAGUGUUCAUGCAAAUUUAAUUCUAAUACAAAUUGAAAGUGUCGAUGAAAAAGCACAGAUUGUUACUAGUAAUAUUCAAUUGAUUUGUUCAUGGUGUGAUCCAUGGAUGACAUGGAAUCAAACUAAAUUCAAUAAUAUACCUGCAUUAUCCGUCCCUCAUAAUCAUUUAUGGACACCGGAUGUUAUUCUUGUCAAUAGUGCCGAUGCAAAAUAUUCGAGAAAUCGAGAACAUUAUGCAUUGAUAUUACGACAUGAUGGUUACGUGAGAUUUAUGUUUCAAGAUUUAUGGAAAAGUAUGUGUAAAGUUCGAUCAAAAUAUUUUCCAUUUGAUCGUCAAAUAUGCACAAUUAUUAUUCGUAGUGGUGCUCACGAUAAAUUAUCAAUUAGAUUUUAUCAAAGACGUUUAAUUCAACGUCAUGAGUUUAUUCGUGGUGAAUGGGAUCUUGAAGCAAAUUAUACAGAAUUAUUUGAAGAACAUAUUUCGGAACAUAUGUCUAAUUUUAGUAUGAUCGGUUUCACAUUAAUACUUGUUCGAAAUCGAUUGUAUUAUGUUAUGAAAAUAAUUUUACCAUUUUCACUCGUUUCCUGUGUAACAUUGUUUACAUUUCUUUUACCACCACAAACCGGUGAAAAAUUAACGUUGAAUGUCACGAUUCUGCUUUCACUGGUCAUCUAUUUACAAGUGUUAUCAGGGUAUAUACCAAAAUCAGAGGAUGAAACACCGGUAUUAACAAUGUUCUGUAAUGCCAAUUUCUUUCUUGUUUUUCUCUCAUGUAUAAUGACUGUGUUCGUACUUUUUUUGUACCAUCGUCCAUCAAGAGAUACUCGCUGUGUACCGGUACUUUUACGAUUAGUGGUACUAGAUUAUGUUGCACCCAUCGUCUGUUGUGAUUGUUCAAAAUUAAAACGAUCUCCGAGAAAACCAAAACAUCGAACAACAACGAAAUCAUCAUUAAUCAAACUUUGUUCAAUUGAGCAACGUGUUAGCCGUCUAUUAGCAUCAUCGCAAAGUAAUGGUACUACAACAGUGCGAACAACAACAAACACUAAUUCAUUAUCACCAUCACGAUUAAAUGAACAAGGUGUGGAAUUAUUAAAAUGUUUACGUGUCAUUAAAACGCAUAUCAAGAAUUGCUGGAUGAACACCAGUACAGCUUCAGAUCAUGAGUUAAAUGGUACUAGUAUGACGAAUGAAAUAAGAAAUCGUCUAGACGAAUGGCAACAAAUUGCAUUGGUAUUAGAUCGAUUAUUUUUUCUUAUAUUUAUAAUAUCGAUGCCAUGCACAGGUUUACUCUUCUGGUCAACACGUUUUGCAUCGAAUGGAACUGAUUAUAAAUCAAAGUAUUCAACGUCAAAAAUAGAAGAUGCAAAAUGUAAUAUGACGUAUAAUGAAGCGACGUGGUUAUGA